UUUUACCUUGUUCUACCUCAGUGCACUGUGUAAUGAUCUGAUCUGUAUGCAAGAAAAUCUUUCCACUGAAUCUCGGUACAAGUGACAAUAAUAAACACAAAAACAAUUCCAACAAGGAAAACGGUGACAGACACAAGAGAUUCUGCAGAUGCUGGAAAUCUUGAGGAACACACACAGAAUGCUGGAGGAACUCAGCAGGCGUCAGGGGAAUAAACAGACGAGAUAUUCGAGCGAAGACCCUUUAUCAUCAGGUUGCGUUACCGCGUUUCUCCAGCAUUUUGUGAGAGAAAGCAGUAACAGAGUGCAGAAUUGAGUGCGGGAAGCGGAACGAUAGGCAUGCACUACCGGAGCAGUUUCAGCGCUGCACGCAUUGGUGAUACGGAAGGAGAAGGGAGAGACACCGCCGUGAGCGGGCGGACGGACCGGGCUUCAAACCGAAUCGGGGAUGGCAGGCAGCGGCGGGUCGGGCGGCUGAUGGAGUCGCUGGCCGCCUACGUGUACAAGGCGGCGAGCGAGGGCCGGGUGUUGACGCUGGCUGCGCUGCUGCUGAACCGCUCGGAGGCCGAGUGCCGCCGGCUACUGGCGCAGCUGAGCCCGGGGCCCGGUGGUGGGCCCGGCGGCAGCGGCGGUGGCGGCGGCGGGGGCCAGCGGGCCACUCCGCUCAUCGCCGCCGCCCGCAAUGGCCAUGCCAAGGUGGUGCGACUGCUGCUCGAGCACUACCGGGUGGAGACCGAGCAGACGGGAACCGUGCGCUUCGACGGCUACGUGAUCGACGGCGCCACGGCGCUGUGGUGCGCGGCGGGCGCCGGCCACAUCGACGUGGUGCGGCUGCUGGUGGCGGGCGGCGCCAACGUCAACCACACUACGGCCACCAACUCCACGCCGCUGCGCGCCGCCUGCUUCGACGGGCGCCUCGACAUCGUGCGCUUCCUGGUGGAGAACCGCGCCGAUAUCCGCAUCGCCAACAAGUACGACAAUACCUGCCUGAUGAUCGCCGCUUACAAGGGGCACACCGAAGUGGUGAGGUACCUGUUGGAGCAGCACGCUGAUCCCAACGCCAAGGCACAAUGCGGGGCCACUGCGCUACACUUUGCAGCUGAAGCAGGCCAUCUGGAGAUCGUCAGGGAGCUGGUGAAGUGGCGGGCUACCAUGGUGAUGAAUGGCCACGGCAUGACUCCACUGAAGGUGGCCGCUGAGAGCUGCAAGGCGGACGUGGUGGAGCUGCUGCUCUCCCACGUGGACUGCGACCGUGAGAGCCGCAUCGAAGCCCUGGAGUUGCUGGGUGCUUCCUUUGCUAAUGACCGCGAGAACUACGACAUUGAGAAGACCUAUCAUUACCUGUACCUGGCUAUGCUGGAGAGGCACCGCGACCCUGACAACCCACUUGAGAAGGUUACCCUCCCUUCCAUUGAGGCCUACGGCGGGCGCGCAGAGUGCAGGACCCCACAGGAGCUAGAGGCCAUCCGGCAGGACAGGGACGCCCUUCACAUGGAAGGGCUGAUCGUACGCGAGCGGAUCCUGGGCUCCGACAACAUUGACGUUUCGCACCCUAUCAUCUAUAGAGGGGCAGUGUAUGCAGACAGCAUGGAGUUUGAGCAGUGUAUCAAGCUGUGGCUUCAUGCCCUGCACCUGAGACAGAAAGGCAAUCGCAACACCCACAAAGACCUGCUGCGCUUUGCGCAGGUCUUCUCACAGAUGAUACACCUGAACGAGCCCGUGAAGCCUCGGGACAUUGAGAAUGUCCUGAAAUGCAGUGUGCUGGAGAUAGAGAGGGGCCUGGCACGAAUCAAAAACCCGUCUGACAUGGACGUGCAGACGGCCAUGGACAACUGUGAAUCGAACAUAUUUACCUUCCUGUAUCUGGUGUGUAUCUCCACCAAAACGCAGUGCAAUGAGGAGGAACGGGCACGCAUCAACAAGCAGAUCUACAGACUGGUUCACCUGGACCCACGGACCCGGCAUGGCUCCAGCCUGUUGCACCUGGCAGUGAACUCCAGCACGCCGGUCGACGACUUCCACACCAGCGAUGUGUGCAGCUUCCCCAGCGCUCAGGUCACCAAGCUACUGCUGGACUGCGGCGCUGACAUGAAUGCUGUGGACAAGGAUGGCAACGGGCCGCUCCACAUCAUCGUGCAGUACAACCGGCCCAUCAGCGACUUCCUCACCCUCCACGCCAUCAUCAUCAGCCUGGUGGAGGCUGGAGCCCAUGCGGACAUGACCAACAAGCAGAAGAAGACCCCACUAGACAAGAGCACAACUGGCGUGUCUGAAAUCCUCCUCAAGACUCAGAUGAAGAUGAGCCUGAAGUGCCUGGCUGCCCGAGCAGUGAGACUUCACAACAUCAGUUACAAAAGUCAGAUCCCUCAAUCAUUGGAAGAAUUUGUAGAAUUGCAUUGACUUUUAAGAUGAUUCUUUACCAGACUGGUACUAGGUAUGGCCCUAACACAUUAGUUUAUGGGAUUGAUCUGCUGAUUACGUAGCUGUUUUGUCUUAUCCCGUCGUCUCUCUGAACCCAGCCCACAACCGUUCAGAUUGUCUAUGGUGCUUCCUUGGCGCUUUCAUCAAAUAGGCUCGAAUGAUGCAAAGUGCCCACAAACUAAAAUUUUAAACUUGUGUAAGUUAUAAAAAUCGAUCUUUUUGUUUAAGGUUCAGAUCAAACCUUGUGUCUUCCAACAACAUUAAGAUAUGAGAAGCAGGAGCAGAUCACACAUGUUGGCCUACAAACGGGAAGUAAUUUGAAUUGCAAUCUCUUUUUCUUCUUCCCCUAUACUAUUAUUGCCCAAGGAUAAAGAAAGUACCAGUCUGAACUAUUGUUAACAAGUUUUGUGAUAAGAUAGUUGAUUGAUUUUUUGAUGACCGCUGCCCUGCCUUGUGUAGCUGGUUUCACAGUGGAUAGGAAAGCAGGAACAUCUGAUUUGGUUUAGCAGUAGCAGUGCAAUCACUUGAGUUGAGUAUAAUGUUCUCCUGAGCAUGUUAUCUAUUGUUCCCUUAAUAGAGAACGCCUGUGUGUGACUUUGCUUAAUGUGGGGAGGCUGAUGCAUGGCAGCCGCCGCAUGGUCCUUGAGGGAUUGGGUCAGGGUCCAGUGGCGUGGAACACAAGUUGACUGGGGACCCUCCUCUGCCUUCGCUGCAGAUGUGAUGUGACAUUAUCUUCCAUAAGCUGCACCAUUGAGAACUUUGUUUUAUCCCUCACUUGCCCAUGCUGGGUGGCAAAUGACUUUGAAAUUUUUAUUGUUAGAAUGUUAACAGCAAAAUGUGAAAUUUGUACAAUGUUUUUGGAGAAUGUCAGUGAACUCGAGUGAUUGCACUACUACCCUUGAAGAUCCCACAGCGUGGCUCAGGUGCUACCCUGAGCACGUCUGCUGCAGUGCAGUUGAUGUGUAUGCAUGAUCUGGCUUCACCUUUCUUGUAAGGUAAAGCACUCCUUGGUUACUUCAUUUUGUUUCUGUGCAAGGUGUAAACUUUUCUAGUUACCAGAACCAAGGACUUUAAAUCUAUCAGCAAAUCUAGCCCCUUAUUGUGGUGGGAGUGGCUGUGACCAGGCACUGAGGGGAAGUCUUCCUUCUUGCUACCCUGUCGGUUUUUGAAACUUACUUAAUAGAAUCUUUAAAGAAUCAAUGCUGCGGCAAUCCUAGCUGUUCUAACAAAAUGGGAAGGUGUGCCAAAAUCUUUCAAGCUACUUCUAACCACCACUAUCCAUCAUGUUAAUAUUGUACAGUUGCGAUGUGGGUUCAUUUCAAGGCAAAAUGGCUCACGUUUGCUACAGCUGCCCACCCAGUUAAUGGGUGAAUGAUCCUGUUGGUGUUGAUCUGAGACCAGUCAGGGCCCCUUUACUUGGAAGUACAGAGGUUAAGGUCACAUGAGAAUCAGGUUGUCCUGCCCUGCGUAGCCAAGUAUCAUGUCACUCAGGCUAAGCUUGUACGUGAAGGUGGAUUAGUCUUGGGUGAGAAGAUUAAUUUUGGCACUAUGGAGGGGUAUAAAAUUUUGGAGAGGAUGGGGCAAUGGAUUGAUUAAAGGAGCAAAGAUCUAAAACUGAUCCAUACUCAGUUGUGAGAGAGUUUACUGUAUUAUUUCAUUCCCUGGAUCUUAAAGAAUAACUUAAGUGGAGAUUCUUAAGAUUACUGGUUUCAUCUUAAUUUCUAACAUCAAGCAAAGUUCUGAAUUGCAGAGUGUAUUUAAAACUGGCUGGGAAAUGAGAGGAAUUGAAGUUCUUAACUUUUAUAAUUUUCCUUCUGAUGUGAUUGUGGUAGAUUGGUUCAUUUGGUUUUGUUGAAGACCUUGUGAUUUUACUUUGGUUAGUAUAUGCCUGUUAAGUAACAUACUCCAUGUUCUCACGACACGUCUGAAAUGCUGUUUCAGCAGGAGGUCCCUGUUUCACCUUGCAGUUGGUUUCACCCUUUAUGAGCUCUCAUGUGAUGAGAACCAUAUAAAUCCUAAUAUACAGUUGCUUUGACAGUAUUCCAACAUGGAAGUGGAAUCAGGCAAAGCAGUGGGAGUAGUUAAACAAAUCAAUAGGGUUGUUUGUUAAUGUUUUUCCUUAUUCCUUUUUAAAAAUUAUUUUUUGAUGAACAGUCAAUUUUGGAACCAUAAAUGUCUGUAAUAGAGGUUUUUUAAAUCUUCUUUAAAAACCUGAUUCCAUACUGGUGUGGUUUCUGCUGUGACUUUGACAGAUAUCUGCUUUCACUUCAGAGUUUCGAUUUCCAGUGUAUUUGUAGUACAUGUAUAAGAUUGACCCUAAGUUAAAUUAAGCUCUGAAAUGGAAGACUGAACUGCUGCAAGUACAGUACUAACUAAUUAGGUUUAACCCAAGGUCUUGUGUUCCUGUUGUUGAUACUUCAGUCUACCUUUUCUCAACAUAUUUUUGUUUAAGGACAAUGAAAUCAAAUCAUGCAUGGAUACUUUGCUUAACAAUUGAGGGAAUGUUUUAAGCCCAUGUUUUCUUGAAUAUAUUUGAUCAUUGAACUUGAUUCUGUGGAAGCAGAAGAAAAUACUAGAAGAGGAGCAGGAGUAGACAUGUCACCCAUUUCAAUUCUACUUCCCAUUCCGACAUGUCAGUCCAUGGCCUCCUCUACUGUCGUGAUGAGGCCACGCUCAGAUUGGAGGAGCAACACCUUAUAUUCUGUCUGGGUAGCCUCUAACCUGAUGGCAUGAAUAUCAAUUUCUUGAACUUCCAGUAACUGCCCCCCCUCCUUUCAUCAUUCCUUAUUCCUAUUUUCCUCUCUCACCUUCUUUUCCUACCUUCCCAUCACCUCCCUCUGGUGCUCCACCCCUUCCCAUUCUUCUAUGGCCUGUCCUCUCCUGUCAGAUUCCCCCUUCUCCAGCCCUUUAUCUCUUUCACCAAUCGACCUUCCAGCUCUUUACUUCACCCCAUUCCCCUGUCCUGGUUUCACCUAUCACCUACCACCUUGUACUUCUUCCUCCCCUCCCCCCACCUUCUUAAUCUGACUUCUCUUCCUUUCCAGUCCUGAUAAGGGUAUUGGCCCCAAAAGUCGACUGUGUGCUCUUUUCCAUAGAUGCUGCCUGGCCUGCUGAGUUCCUCCAGUGUUUUGUGUGUGUUGCUCUCAGACAUGUCCUGUCUUUCAGUGUAAUGUGGACAAUCCUCCUCAGGCACUUACUCUUGUAUCUAUUCCCAUGACCCUCAGUUUUUUAAAUCUUUAAACAAUUUAUCUCCUACAUUAAACAGCGCUGCUGCUGCAUAACUGGCUUUAAAAGAAAAUUGAUAGAAGUAAUUUGUAAAUAUUGAUCUUAAAAUUUUCAAAUGUGUUACCCAUUGCCUUUCUGGUACAACUAGUAGGUCACUGGAGCAAAGUAUAAAAAGUCUUAGUUUUAAUUCCAGUUCUUUGUAAAAAUAAUAGUGAUCCCCUCAUCUGAGAGCCUGUAGAUUCAGUGCUGUUGAGGUGAGAUUGGGUGCUGGGCUGUGAAGAAUAGCUUGCAAUUGUACACCGUAGCAUCCAUGAAGUAUGAUCACUUGGACAAGCUGAUGGAAGGCUGUUGGAACUGUGCCAUUCUUAGAAGGAGAACCAUAUUUUGGGCACCUGUUCUCCAGGUUUAGCAGAAUGUCAUAUUUAGGAUGUCUAGAAUGUCUCACUAUUGACUGUAAAUUCCUAUUGUUUCACAGAUGUGAAAGGCCCACAGCUCACGAAGAACCAUAGGGCCGAGGGAGGUUGAGAAUCUCUUUCACACAGGCGAACCGACAGUUGGAGCACUUCAGCAUUCAGUGUAAUGUGUCCAAGUUGUGGCUUGAGGCUUAUUGGUUCCACAUUGCACGCAUUCUGUAGUCUAUGUCUAGACCUCUUGGCACACUUGGUGACUUUACAUCUUUUGUAUAAGGUGGGAAGGUUUUAGGGGAAACAGCGAAGCCCCUUACCGCAAUGCCAGUGGAUUAAAAUCAUGUUUUGCCGUAGUUGUUGAAGGCAAUACUUUUAUCAGCUCUCCCACAUCUAUAGAGUGUUUGUAAUCUUGACAAUUCAGGUCAUCAGUGUGUUUGAUUCUUGCUGCUUCUCACUUUGAGAGAAAAAGCUACAGUUAUCCAGAAGUGCACCUCGUGCUACUUCACUUUCCUCAGUUGCUUGUGAGAACAUAUCAAUCAAAAUAAUCUUGAUAAUUUUUGAAAAUAAUAUGUACAAAAAGAGCUUAAUGCCUUGGCUUCUGGCAUUAAAAACAAAACUACCUGGAUUGAAAUGAAUGGCUGUUAAAUUUGAAAUGCUUUACUUUUUAUUACUUGAAUGUUCCUUUUAACUUAGAACAAAAGGAGAUUUGCAAAGGAUGCUACCACGGCGCAUCCUUUUUGGAUGUCGUCAAGUGCUUUAUGGCCAAUGAACUACAUUUGAAUUUUUGCCACACUUGUACCAGAGCCGUUUGAUUCACUUCAGGCACCAAUAGUGAUGACUUUAUGGCAAACAUGUGGGACACAGGUCCACAGGUAUGGGGCUCUUUGCAGGUUGUUCUUGGGAUUUCAGAAAUGAUUAAAACAUUGGGGAAAAGUUUUUAAUCAAACAAUGAUGGAACUGAGUUGUUGGUGGGAAAAGGAAUUUAUGUUCUCUUGAUAUUGACCGGAUCAAAAUUGUUUGUUUUCAGAGAAGAUUUCAAGAUGUCAGAUACUUUGCAAUUUGGACUAUUAAUCAUGCUUAUUUUACUUUGAUUUGUGGUUUUUAAGCUUUUCCAGUAAAUUCAUUCAUGAGGUAUGGAUUUUGAUAUUGCUGAUAAGGUUGACAUUUAUUCCUGAUUGGACCUUGUUAUGAGGAAACAAUUAACAGUAAAUUGUGUUCAUGAGUCUGCAGCCUAGGUAUAGGCCAGACAGGAUAAGAAUGGCAGAUUUACGUCCCUGAAGUCUACUGGUGAAUCAGACGCCCUUUAUGACCGUCUAGCAGUUUCAUAGUCACUGUCACUGCUGCCAGGUGUUUUUUAAGUACUGGAUUUAUUUAAUUACUUGAAUUUACAUUCUUCAGUUCUGGUGGUGGAAUUUGUACUUGUGUGUUGCUGGAUGCUUGUAGAGCAAUUCAACUACUGAGCUUCUGCUCACUGAACCUGUCACAAUCUCUCAUUAUUGGAUUCUCUCCUUCCCAUUUAAAGAGCUCUUUGGACAUUUUUAAGCUUUUCAUUUAAAAGCAGCUUUGUACCUAAUCCUGAAUAAAAGGAGAACUGAAUCAGAGAGUUGUGAAUUUCCCAGUUUAUAAAAGUGAACUCAUCUUUUUGAAAUUGGACAUCAGUUAUCUAAAAUGAUCUUUCAUUAGUUCUGCUGGAGUCCAGUUAAACCCCAUUAUAGCACUGUCAUCAAGAAAGUUACUGGGUUUUUCUGCCAAAUACAGUGGGCAGAAAGAUCUAUGCUUUAAUGUUGAUGCUUUUACCUAAUAUCUUUUGAGCUGCUUACAGUGAUUAAAAUUGUCAUUGUCACAGACCAUGAACCUGCAUUUGGCAGGAGUUGCGUAUUCAUAUUGCUAUCGUCAGUUACACAACUUGAAGGACUGUUUCCUUUUACUUGGGUGUUCUUGCCUGGGUUAAUUGAUAUCAAUAGCCCCUACUGAACUGGUCUUUUUGUGCCUGUUGACUGUACUGUACAGAGACUGUUUAGUAUAUGCACGCAAGGUGCAUGGGCACUCUUCCCACAGACACCUAUGGCAAUAUUUCCUCAUAGAAUCCUACCUACACUUCACCAGCCACAUAUCUAAUGACUUCCCAACUUAAUUGUGCUUCCUCGGUAUGGAUAAGCCUAAUUCAGGGGUAUCCCAGGGCAUGAAGCUGCUGGUUGUGAACAAUGUUGUUAUAAGAUGCUGUUAUCCAAGACUUCAGUAGUAUACUCAAACUCAAAAGCCCUAAAUUAAUUAAACUCCCAACGCGAGUAGUGAUGGGGUGAGGUGUGGUUUGAUUACACAGUCAAAUGAUUAAUACUGCUAAUUUUCAUUUCAUUCAGUGUAAAUUAUUUUUACAAAUUUAAAAAAAAUUUCAAAUAAAGUGGCAAUCUGAACAGUGCUGACUUGCGCGAGAUAUUGUUAUAUUCAAUUAAAGCCACUUUUGUGGGCCUGACAUUGGUUCAUUGUGCAUCUAUGAAACGCCCUCCUUAAAUGUCAUUCCUUCGGCAGUUCGUAACCAACACAGAAGGAGCAUGUAAUUGUAGUCGUUAUAUGUUUUCAAAGCCCUUCAAAGCAGUGUGCUAAAUUAUUCAGUGCUAAACUCAGCAUUACCACUAAAUGCCUUAACAAUGGGAACAAUAAUGGUAGGAGGAUGAAAAUACAGGUCCUGGUUAACCUUACUGCUAUUAAACUCUUGAUAUUUGAUUUGCUGAUUUGCAAUAGUUGAGCUUUUGUAAGGCAGCAUUUAAAAAAGAAUAUAAACACUGAAGAUCCGAUCAAAUCGCAGCCUUGUGGUCAUGGGCCCUUCUCUUGACAUGGUCCGUGCAAGAAAUGACCCUAAAGUUUUUAAUGAUGAAAGUCAAUGACCAUCGAAAUGCCAGUGGGUGCAUAAUUUCUGUAUGUAUUAAGUUGAAAUGCCAUGGCACUUUGCACUAUAAUUCCUCAGGAUGUAUAACCUUGUGUAAUUUGUUCACCACAAUUCCCAAGCUGGGAAUUUAAUAUUUCCUAAAAAUUUUAAAUUAGUUGCAAAAUUAGGUUUAUUACUGGAUUUUUAGACACACCUUUUAUGUCCUGAAUCCCCACACUACUGGUAUUUUUUGGAAAAAGCCGGGGAAUAAUGUAAUGAAAUAAUUCAUUCUUGAUUCUUGUAAAAUGUGACUGUUUUGUUUAAAUAAAGCUGUAAUGUAUACUGAAAACAAAG